AUGGUCAAGAUUACGUUCAAGACGGUCCAGAACAAGCUGUUCACCAUCGACGCAGAAGAUAGCGAGACUGUCACCGACCUGAAGAAGAAGAUCCAGGAGUCACAGACCUUCCCCGUCGAGAACCAGAAGUUGAUUUAUUCUGGUAAGAUCCUCCAGGAUGGAGCUACCGUCGCGUCUCUCAAGAUCAAGGAGAAGGACUUCCUCGUGGUGAUGGUAUCAAAGCCAAAAGCUGCUCCAGCCCCUGCACCCGCAGCCGCAGCCGCUGCUCCUGCCCCUGCCGCCCCCUCCGCACCCGCACCAGCCGCGUCCGAGGCACCAGCCGCCGCCGCACCAGCAGCUUCUGCCCCAUCAACCGAGGCCGCCGCACCCGCCGCACCCGCUGCGCCCGCCGCUGCUGAUGCAGCUCCUGCUGCAGGUGGAGGCGCCAGCCAGGGCGGAUCGUUCGUCACUGGUGAUGUUCUGCAGCAAGCUAUUGCUAGCAUGGUGGAGAUGGGCUUUGAGCGGGAUCAGGUCCAGCGGGCAUUACGCGCGAGCUUCAACAACCCCGACCGAGCUGUAGAGUAUCUCAUGAAUGGCAACAUCCCCGACGUUGCUGGAGGUGGAUUCGGCGGUGGCGGAGGUGGUGGUGCUCAGGCUGCUCCUGCCCCUGCUGCCCCGGCUGCUGCACCAAGCAGUAUACUUCCUCAACCACCCGCUGCCGCCGCUCCCGCCCCUGCAGCAGCAGCGCCAUCUGGUGCCGCAGGCAGCGCCGAGAACCUUUUCGCAGCCGCUGAAGCCGCGAUGAACCGUGAUCGGGGAGGUGGAGCUGUUCCCGCCGGUGCGGCUGCCGGCGCUGCUGCUGCUGCGGGACGUGGCGGUGCCGCUCCGGGCGGUAUGGACCCUGCUGCUUUCGCUGCACUGGCAGCCAACCCGCAGAUGGCCGCUAUCCGAAAUGCCGUCCAGGAGAACCCCGCCCUCAUCCAGCCCCUCUUGCAACAUCUCGCUUCUGCCAACCCUCAGCUGGCCGCCAUGAUCGCGCAACAUCCCGAGGCGCUGUACGAACUCCUCGGUGGUGGUGAUAUGGGAGACGACGACGAGGAGUACCCAGGUGGCGCAGGUGGGAACCAGGUGAUGCAGGUGGAUCUGUCGCCUGAUGAGGUGGCUGCGGUCGAACGGUUGGAAGGCCUCGGGUUCCCAAGACAAGCGGUGCUCCAGGCGUAUCUCCUCUGCGACAAGAACGAGGAGUUGGCGGCCAACUUUUUGUUUGAUGCGGGAGAUGAGGACAUGUAG